AUGCUUGAAUUAGCUUGUCGCUCGUCUGAUAAUGUCGAAAUUGUUGAUUAUUUAAUAAAUCAAAGUCCAGAAAUUCAUCAAGCUUUGUUCAACUAUACAACAGCCGACUCUCCAUAUGCAUUGGCAAAAAAAAAUAAAUUCACAAAACUCCAGAAUUAUCUAAAGUAUCGUUUAUCUUUUGAAUUAACAAACGCUGUGCAAUCAAAUAAUUUGGUAUUAGUUAAACAACUCCUAGGUGCUGGUGCAAGUGUCGACAUGGUUCAAACAAAUAAUCUUUCUGUUGCUUUGAAACAUCAAAAUAACGUUGAAUUAGUGCAAAUUCUAUGUGAAAAUGGUGCCGAAAUGCCUAAUGAAUGGCUAGAGCUAAAAACUAUUCAAUUGCCACCAUCUACAGAUAUCCAAAAUGAUGUUCGAUCUGUUCUUAAUCGGUGUUUGAUUAAUCGCCGAUUACGCUUGGCAGCAGCUAAUGGUGAUUUAAACAGUGUGAUACAAUGUCAACGUAUGGGUGCAGAUAUAAAUUCGAAAAAUUGCCAUGGUUCAACAGCUCUCUUGUUAACUAUUCAACACGGUCAAUAUUUUGCGGUUGUACACGAUUUGGUUUCAUGUGGUGCGUCGAUGUUACAUUCAAAUGAAAAUGAAAAACUAUCAUUGAUACAGUUAGCAAAAAAGAAUAAAUAUGAACAAAUAGCUCAAUAUUUAGCACAAGAACUGAAUGUACAAUUUUUGGCAACAAUAUUCGAUAAUGAUAAACAAAGUGCAGAAGCUUUAGCGGCUCUAGGUGCAGAUUUCAAUUAUCAAGACGAACAACAACGUACUUUGUUACACUAUGCUGUACAAUAUCACGGAAUUGAAUUAGUUCAAUGGUUAUGUGAACGAGGAAGUCCAGUAAAUAUUGCUGAUAUCAACGGUGAUUAUCCAAUUACACAAGCAACUGAAAAAGGUGACUUCGCAUCAGUCCAGUUUCUGUUAAAAGAUUAUCCAGUAACCAAAAAGCAAAAAAAUAAAGCGGGUGAUGAUGCUCUUGCAAUUGCUCGUAAACAAAAUUAUAAACGUCUUGUUCAACUAUUGGAAGGUAAACCAAUUGAUCCUAUUGACGCAGAUGAUGCCGAUCCUCCUACGAAACCUAAGUACGAACCACAACAACUGAUACGGGCAGCUGGAAAUGGUCAAAUGCAAAUUGUCAAAGAAUUUGUUCAACAACGUUAUCUGAACAUUGAUGAAAAGCGACAAAUUUGUUAUCAAAUGCUUCAGGAAGCUACAAAAAAAAAACAAGAUGAAGUAUUAGGUGUGUUACAACCCUAUUACAACAAAGAACUGCUCGCAAGUAUUCCAUCUGACGCGAGGCAAGGCUCUCUUGUAACACUGAGUGAAGAAUACCAGACAAUGUUGGUCGGAUUUUUAACCGGUCUCAGUGGACUGAUUGCUAGUAGUCCAGUUGUCUUAGAUCCAGCUGAUCCGAAUACAUACAAAGAAUUAUUUUCAAAUGUAAAUGCAAAGUUUGAUCAACGUACACAAGAGAUAAGUAAAAUCACUAGUGAACGAGACGUAAAUCAAUUAUGUAAACAAGAUAUGAAGGAUAUAGAACAAAAAAUUUCCAAAUUAACAGAUGAAAUGAGACAACUGAGUGCAAACAAAGAUAUCUUAACAAAGCGUAUACAAGAUGCAGAUGAAGGUCUGCUCAAGGUUAAAGAUAUGACAGCAUUACAGCGAAAAGAAUUAUUUCAAAAUAAAGAAGCAACGGAACAACAUUUGGCUGCGCUGGACAGUUCGAUGUAUUUAUUCAGACGUGCACAAGAAGCUGCUUUGAAGAAGAAAAAAACGUUGGAAUAUAUAAAAGAAAAAACAAAGUUAUUUUUAUUUUAUACAACAAUUGAACAUAAUUUACAAAGCUUAUUCAAUAGUGUUCUAGUAGCACAAGGGGGUCUAUCGAUAAGAGACAAAACAAAUACAAAAGCCGGUAUGGCAGCAAGCGUGAUACAAGCAAUACCAACAUCAUGGAUUCCGAUAGGUAAUUAA